CCGGAAGUGUUAGCCUGGCUAGCUGUGAGCUAGCUGUGUGGAUGUGUGCAGUUCGCUGGAAGACGAUGGUGUCGUCGUGUCGCAGAUAAAUGUUCGAGCGCUGAUGAAGCAACGAUGUCUUCAGUUCAGUGUCUGAGAGACUUUGUCCACCAGCGACUCACUGCUGCUGCUGAAGAGAUAUUCAGAGUGUUCGAACAAACUGUCCUCGAGUACGAGGACGAGAUCGAUCGACAGAGAAGACUGUUGGACAUCGUGUGGAACCCGGAGAUAAAGCUACACAGGACAGAGUUCCCGCGGAAACAUGUCUGGAAGAAGAGGAAGACUCUCACUGCCCAGCAGCUCCGUGCCCGGGACAGGAACUCAGGUCUGGACCAAGAGGAUCCUGCUGCUGCUGGAGAAAGACCUGGAGAAAGACCUGGAGAAAGACCUGGAGUCAGCGGGAACAUUAUCCACUUCAACGAGGAGAUGGAUCCACAGCGCCGACUGUUGGACAUCGUUUGGAGCCCUGAGAUAGAGAGCCAGAGGACAGAUUCUCCAGAUUCUCCAGAUCCUCCAGAGCCUCCACAGCAACAUGUCUGUAAGGAGGAGGAGCUUCUCACUGACCAGGAGAGGAACCCCAGUCUGGACCAAGAGGAUCCAGAGCCUCCACAGAUUAAAGAGGAGCAGGAGGAGCUCUGUACCAGUCAGGAGGGAGAGCAGCUUGUCCUGAAGCAGGAGGACGAGACCUUCAUGUUGACGUCUCCUUAUGAGGGAAGUGACCACAGUGAACCAACCAGUGAGCAGCAGCUCCUCUCCCACAUCUCUCCUGGAGCUGAGAGCCCAGCUCAGAGAGGAAGUGAGCAUGUGGACCCAGGACCAGCUAGAGAAGAAGAGUCCCAGAGACACAACUCCCCCCCGACACAGAGUCCCUGCUCCACUCACACAGGGGAGACGUCUUUCUCCUGUGACACUUGUGGAAAAGUGUUUGAUGCUAAGUCCAAACUGGACAAACAUCUGAGAAUCCACACAGGUGAGAAGUCGUUUUCUUGUGAAACUUGUGGGAAAUUUCUCACCUCUAAGUUGGGCUUUUUGAUCCACAUGAGAAACCACACAGGUGAGAAGCCGUACACCUGCAACACAUGUGGGAAACAAUUUAGCAACAACUCUGCAUUGAGAACACACAAAAGAACCCACACGGGUGAGAGGCCUUUUCCUUGUGAAACCUGCGGGAAAACCUUCGGUCGGAAGGUUCACUUGGAGGAGCACAUCAGUCGUCACACGGGCGAGAGACCGUUUUUCUGCAAACUCUGUGGGAAAAGUUUCAAGCAGAGGUCGGCCCUGAGAGUUCACAUGAGACUCCACACGGGUGAGAGGCCGUUCUCAUGUGAACUAUGUCAGAAAACCUUCUUGACCAAUUCAAACAUGCUGGUCCACAUGAGAGCCCACACAGGUGAGAAGCCGUAUUCUUGUGACACUUGUGGGAAAGCUUUUCUCUGUAAGUCCAGGUUGACCCUUCACCUGAGGGUCCACACGGGGGAGAGGCCCUUUUCUUGUGACUUCUGCGGGAAGACAUUUACUCGGAAGGUUCACUUGGAGGAGCACAUUCGUCGCCACACGGGCGAGAGACCAUUUUUCUGUGAAAUAUGCGGGAAAAAUUUCAAACAGAGGUCAGCCCUGAGAGGUCACAUGAGACUCCACACAGGUGAGAAGCCUUAUAUCUGCAACAUGUGUGGGAUGAGCUUUAUUCAUGCAGCAUCCUUAAGAAAGCACAUUAGGGUCCACACGGAGGAGAAGUUGUUAAUCCCUGAAGAUGUGGGAGAGAUUUCCCGUGUUGUGGUGAACUGACUGAAGGUGACCAGAGUCCUCACUGGUGAGAAACCACAUCACUGCAGCACCUGAUGGAGAAGAGAAUUAGACGUGUCUCUGUUAGGAGGUUACAGGGUCACAGACAGUACAGUCACAUGCUGGGAAAUAUGUGGCAGAGGAGCAGUUCUGUGUUUCAUGGACACGACGCACAAGAAGCCACAGAAGUGAAGAGCCACAUAAUCAAAACUAUUUCCUAAAGUGUUUCUAAUCCACACCGUUGAGAGAACAGCUGAGAAUCAGGUCACACAGAAGAACCCAUCAGGACCAAGCUGGUGGAGACGAGUGGAUCCUCGAGACCGAGCUCCUCACAGUUCUGUUUGCAGCAGCAUCUCUCUGAAACACCCGGGAGCCUCCGAGUCUUCAGAGCGACUCCGCGUUCAUAACAAUGUGUUUGGCCUCUUCAAUAAUUAUGUCUUUUUAAUACUUAUAUUCUCCACCUCAGUUACAUGAGUGUUGUCCUCCUGCCAGAUAGAUUCUUUGAUUCUCUUCCUCCAGCUUGUUCGUUCAUUUUCUAUUUGAUGUAUUGUGGAUAGUACUUGACGGUUUGUUUGAAAACAUAAAAUAUUCCAUUGUUUGCCUUUAGACUGCAUCACAAAUUCACAAAUAUUAAUUAUAUAAUCACGGUUAACAAAAAGUAAAUAUUAUGUUUUUGUUUAGAUUGAUUUCAUGUUAUUUAAAAAACAUUUGUAGUCAGUUACAUUUACUUCAGUUAAGUUACUGCUCUGAAAAAUAAUUACAUACAAACACAGUGACUAAAAUACAAACAAAUAUUGUAGAGGUCAGAACUUUGGACAUGAAAGUUGAAUAUUUAUUCUCCUGCCUCCUCCAAGUAUAGUCCCCCCCCCCCCCAUGUUAGAUCCACUCAAAGGCCCCCUCUAGUGGCGCAGCAGUGCCGCACACUCACAAACGUACAUUGUGUGUGAAGCACUAAAGAAUCAAGACCAGGGCGCAGAAAGCAUAUCAGUGGAUUUGGAAAAUGAAUUAACCCUGAAUAUUAAAUAUAACAAGAAUAUAAUUACAUAUUUACCUUUUUUAAGAUGAGUUAAAUCACACAAAACUAGUUCCCGACACAACUUCAGGUUGUUAACAGUGGGACACUAGUAAACAUAAACCAUCUUACUAUUAAUUAACCUCACACAUUUGUAACAACAAAACACUUAUAAUAUAAUCCCAGAGUGUGAGUUAAUGUCAAUGUUAUGAUCUGUCAAUACCAGUGUUUUAACACUAUCUAAGGGGGGGGGGUGUUAACCAGUAACAGCACAGUACAGGGAACUAACAAAGAAUAAGGAAUUCUAAUAAUAUACUUUCAAAUACGUGAAUAAAGUAAAUGUUUUUUUAUCUUAGUGCAUUCUCCAUUAAAUACGAAAUAUAGGUCUGUUUCUUUUAAUGAAUGCUAUAACCUUGUACGUUUUAUUAAUCCUUGUAAUUUCUAGUUACUCUGCUCAUUUAUAAAGCUGCUGUGUUGUAUACUUAUCCCAGAACCUUUUCCUCAUGUGAGUAGACACUAACACAACCUGCCAACAGGCAUCUGCUUCGUACAAUAACUUUCACCAGAUCAGAGAAUCCUGGGACCUACACACACACACACACACUUUGCUGAGUGUGUGUUUCAGUGUUAACCUGAAGAGCUGCUCUGCUGUACAGUUCAACCACAGUUGUUUCCCUGUGUGUGUGCGUCCAAAGCAAAGUACGUUAGUUGUUUAUUUGUCGGCCACGUCGUCACUGCAUUCUUGUGUGUGUCUCUGUUGUGUAAACCUCGUGACUGCUUUAUUCCUUGUUGGCUUGUGUUUUAGCCUGUGCAUUGUAGCUAAGCUAAAGGCUACUGGAUAGUUGUGGCUGAUGAUUAGCUUUAUUAUGAGUGUGCUUUUAUUUGUAGAACCACACACAUACACAAACACACACACCUUUCUGUUGAAACUCUGCUGGAUUAAAGAGCAGGAAACUGAACAACUGUCUCCUGAGUCAUCAUUCACAUUAAAUCCUGGUGGAACACGGAGAAUGCUCCCGAUGCACACACUGAGAUUCUAACUGAGGAACCAGC